GUAUAGCACAUCAAGCAUGCCAUUGCAAAAGGAGCACAAUGCUCUCGACAAUACCUUUGCACAUGUUCUUGCCAAAGAAUACCCCUUCGGACCCGACGCCGAUUUACCCGAUCCGGACCACCGAAAGCGUACAACGAGAUUACACCAUGAUUUUAUAUCCGGUUACUUGACUGGGCAUUAAAAUACAAGCCGAUGCCUUUCAAUGUUGAAUUGAGCGCCACAAAGGUCAAAUUAAAGUAAUAUUCCUAGUCUACCCCGGCCAUCCUUGAGAGAAUUCUAGACUGUUCCCAAGAUCCCGACCAGGCCCCAUCGUUGCGAUAGCACACUCAGCAACGGAGGAACUUCUGUUUGGUGGAAAAUUAACCGUGAUACCUCCAACCUGGAGAACCCCUCAUCCGAUUUGUGGGGGAGUCGGGGAGAGGGGUUGGGGUUGUUUGGUCUUUGCGGGAAGGCUGUCCCUGGGGACGCAACUAGCACAAAGGUGGAUACAUGACGUCUCCAACUAUUGAACCAAAAAGACCCGACGCCAGGAUCAUAAUGCGACAAAUGGUUUUGCACCAAGGGGGCGAGCUUUUUACGCGCCUUCUUGCUCCCCCACGGCCGAAAAGCGCAGAGGAACCCCGGCCGGUCUUUAUCCCGGCGUGAGAACACAGCCCCGCGUUCGGUAUGGACUGAGUACUGGCCACGAUAAAGAGGGGAGCUUCGUGUGACAGGAUUUCCUCCUUCCUCCUUCCUGGUUUUUCUUUGUUUUCGUUUUGAGUUUCUUGGUUAUUCAACUUGGUUUUGCAAGCUUCCCAUUCCUCAGGCACACUUCACAAACACGUCUACCUUGACGAUUGUCACCGAACAGCUCAGAGUAAAGCAGAUCUUCACAGAAAACAAAGACCAGAAUGCCUUACCCGGAAAAGUUCACGGGCUUCCAGGUCAAGGGCCCGGACAGCUGGUCCGAGUUCCACAAGAACGAGUUCGACCCUAAGCCCUUUGGUGACUACGAUGUCGACAUUCAGAUCGAGUGCUGUGGUGUCUGUGGCAGUGAUGUCCACACUGUCUCUGGUGGUUGGGGAGAUCAAAAGUUCCCUCUGGUGGUUGGACACGAGAUCGUUGGCAAGGCCAUCAAGGUCGGCCCUAAAGUCACCCUGAUCAAGGAGGGUCAGCGUGUUGGUGUUGGUGCACAAUCUUAUGCCUGCUUGGAUUGCAGGCAGUGCAAAAAUGACAACGAGACAUACUGCAAGAAGCAGCUCGACACAUACGGAUCCGUCUGGCCCGACUCUGGAGUGGUCUCACAAGGAGGCUACUCGUCUCAUGUCCGUACUCAUGAGCACUGGGUCUUCCCCAUCCCCGACGCCCUCGCUAGCACCAUCGCGGCCCCUAUGCUCUGCGCCGGCCUGACGGCCUACAGCCCGCUUGUGCGCAACGGCGUCGGCCCUGGCAAGAAGAUCGGCAUCCUCGGCAUGGGAGGAAUCGGACACUUUGGCCUGCUCUUUGCCAAGGCCCUAGGCGCUGAGGUCUGGGCCAUCUCGCGCAGCCGCGCCAAGGAGGCCGACUGCAAGGCCAUGGGCGCCGACGGGUUCCUGGCCACGUCGGAGAAGGGCUGGAACGAGCCGCACGCCAUGACCUUUGACGUGAUCCUCAACACGGCAAGCAGCUUCGAGGGCUGGGACUUUGGUGCCUACCUGGGCCUGCUGGACGUGCAUGGCAGGUUCGUGUCUGUUGGUCUGCCCGAGGGCGAGGGCAUGAAGCUCCGCAACCAGGACCUGCUCAGCAACGGUGUCUUCAUCGGCGCGUCGCACCUGGGCUCCAGGAGGGAGACCAUCGAAAUGUUGCAGCUUGCGGCGGACAAGGGCAUCAAGUCGUGGGUCGAGGAGGUUCAAAUCAGUGAGGAUGGGCUCAAGGAGGCGCUGACGAGGGUUCACAAGACUGAUGUGCGAUACCGAUUCUGCAUGACUGGAUACGACAAGGUAUUCACCGCAUGAAGCUCAUGCGUGGUAGUGUAGAUAGUAUAUGAUGCGAGUUCACAAUAAUUAGUGCUUGCCCAUCUCCUUUGGACUGGUGAUAUUGUGAGAUGUUGCACUCCAAGGCACCGGAUAUUGAUGCUUGCGCUGCAAAGACAGCAUUCAAUUCUGCUUCAGAGUCGCGGGCUGCAGGCAGAUGAGCCCUA